GCCAUGGAGUUGAAACGUCACCGGUGUAACAUCCAUUCCCAAAAUGUUCCGUCACAAAACGUUGGGAAUUUGGGAAUUUUUGGGAUGCUCGCCCGAUAUAUGCCUUGGAAUCCAAGGGUGAGUGGCCAUGGAGUAGUGCGCCAGCAACAGACAACAAUUCCGCCCAAUUGUCCGCUCUCCGCCGUCUCCUCCUCUACGGCUGCCGUCGCCUGUUCACGCUAUACGCAUAUAUAUACUUCUCCACUCCUGGUUCCGUUUCCCCUCUCGGCUCUCUCAACAACAAUGACCCACCAUGGCCUUGGCUGAGUUGUAGCUAAAUCAACAGCACGGGACUUCUCUAAAAUGCAGCAAUCUUCGGGGGUAGCUCAGGAACCGGGGCCUCUUGUCGAUUGGGUGGCUCAAUUCGGUCGUUUUGCAUUCAACGCCGCCGCGAAUUCAAAUGGGUACUCUUCCUUUCGUUCGAAUUACUUGUAUUUUGAUACCACGGGUCGAAAGAGUAGCAGGGGAGGCAGGGUGGCUGCUUCCUUGAGACUGGGAGAAGGAGGCGGUUCGAGUUUGAGGAGGAUUUGGAAUGAGUUUAAUAGGUUUGUUAGGUCUCACUGUGAUAGAGUCCCUAUUGGUUUCCCUUCUGCUGGAGUCGGGCCUGGGGAUUGUAGUAGCAGUAGGAGUAGUAAUGGUAGUAAGUUGAACGAUGGAUGUGAUGUUCUGGUGGAUGAUGGUUUGCCUUUGAAUGGAGUUGAGAGUGAUCGCCCUAAAAAGGUUCUCAUUUUGAUGAGUGAUACCGGUGGUGGUCAUAGAGCUUCUGCAGAGGCUAUCAGGGCAGCUUUCUAUGAACAGUUUGGUGAUGAUUAUCAGGUGUUCAUUACUGAUCUAUGGUCAGAGCACACACCUUGGCCGUUCAAUCAAUUGCCUAGGAGCUAUAAUUUCUUGGUCAAACACGGUACAUUAUGGAAAAUGACAUACUAUGCAUCUGCACCAAGGCUAAUCCAUCAAUCGAAUUUUGCUGCUACUUCAAUGUUUAUAGCUCGUGAAGUUGCCAAAGGAUUGAUGAAGUACCAGCCUGACAUUAUUGUCAGUGUGCAUCCACUGAUGCAGCAUGUUCCUCUUCGUAUAUUGAGGGCGAAGGGUCUUCUGCAGAAGAUAGUAUUCACUACAGUAAUUACAGAUCUUAGCACUUGCCAUCCAACCUGGUUUCAUAAGCUUGUUACACGAUGUUAUUGCCCGUCAAUGGAUGUAGCUAAGAGAGCCUUGAAAGCUGGGCUGCAGCUACCCCAAAUCAAGGUUUUUGGCCUUCCUGUUCGACCAUCAUUCGUUAAACCUGUUCGACCAAAGGAAGAUCUAAGGAGGGAACUGGGGAUGGAUGAAGACCUUCCUGCUGUUCUAUUGAUGGGGGGAGGAGAAGGGAUGGGGCCCAUUGAGGCAACUGCAAAGGCUCUUGGUGAUUCCUUAUAUGAUGAGAAUCUCAGGGAGCCAAUUGGUCAAGUCCUUGUUAUAUGUGGCCGCAACGAAAAGCUUGUCAAUAGAUUGGCGUCGAUCGAUUGGAAGAUUCCUGUCCAGGUGAAGGGAUUUGUCACUAAAAUAGAAGAUUGCAUGGGGGCAUGUGACUGCAUCAUAACCAAGGCUGGUCCGGGGACUAUUGCAGAAGCCAUGAUUCGUGGCCUUCCUAUAAUUUUGAAUGAUUACAUUGCAGGGCAAGAAGUAGGUAAUGUGCCCUACGUGGUGGAGAAUGGAUGUGGGAAGUUCUCGAAAUCGCCGAAAGAGAUAGCUAGUAUCGUUGGUCAAUGGUUUGGUCCAAAGAAGGAAGAACUGACGGCCAUGUCCCAGAAUGCUCUGAAGCUGGCCAGACCUGAUGCAGUUUUCAAGAUUGUGAACGAUAUGCAUGAACUCGUUAGGCAGCGGAGUUAUGUUCCUCAGUUUAACUGUGCAACUUGAUUCCUGACAUUUUCUUUCCCUCACCAUCCUUGAAAUUUUGACACAAAUGAGGUUGGUUUGAGACUUUGUAUGACUGUUCUGAGAUUUGUCAGUGAUUUUAACAAUGAAAAGGAAAGGUAAAUGCCUGAUUCUAUUUUGUGAAUCUUGGGCAUGUUUGGAAGUUAUGGUUCCUUAAAUUGAUGUAUUUAAUCAAUGUAUGUAUUAUAAUUGGG